AUGAACCAUGAUAAGAAGCCUACCUAAAAUCUACAAUACUAAUUAUCAGAAGAUCAAUAAGAGAUGCCACCACAUCCAUUAAUGCAAAUAGACUAGAGAUAAGAUUCGAAUAAGUUAGAUGUAGUUUUUGAGAAAGUGGAUAAAUAUGAGAAAUUCGGUAAACUAGAUUAAAUUGAUAAAAAUAAAAAAUAUGAAAGUGGUAUAACAGAAACGACUACUCCUAGAAAAGCUAGGGAAUCAUUACAGCAAUAGCAGAUGUUUUAAUAACAAUAAUUCAAUUUGAUACCAAGGGAUUUCAUUAAUUAACUAGAAGAAUGUGUCACUAGAAAUGUGUUAGAUAAAUUGAAUAUACCAAAAAAAUCUAAGAAAAAGAAAUAAAGAUCAUCUUCUAAUUAAUUUUAAUUCAGGUAAGUUCUUUUGUCAGCAAAUGAUAAAUAGAAUUCAUCUUUUUAAUCAACUAAGAGAAAAUUUAAUAACUUAAUAUGA